AUCAUCGCUGACCGCCAAUCUCGAGGACGCAUCAGGGCCUUCCUCUUGGCCGGUCGUCUCACCGGUAAGCUUGUUCAGGGAACAAACGUGUGAUUGGGGUUCACCAGAAGGUCCUCAACAGUCAGGAAAUUACCUUUCAACUAUGUCAAAUGCUGACCCGGUACCUCCAAUUGAAUCAUCGUCCAAUACGGCUUCUCACCUUCUAUCGAACGCUCAUUCUUUGGAGUCCAAAUCACCCUUUCUAUCUGGGCCCCCGUCAGAUUCCGAUAAUGAUUUGAACGAGCAGGAUGAUCUCGGCAUGUUCGUGUCCACUGGACAUGCUCUCAAGAAACGACGGCGUGACUCAUGAUGCAGGAUGUACGAGUCACUAUCUAUAGAUGGGAGCAAUUUCUGUCCUUAUACGCAACCCAGAUGUAAAUAGUGUCGUAGCGGAGGAUAAUGAUACAAACAUAACUUC